AAUCCGCCUCCAUCUACGGUGGCGCAAAAUCCGUGGCCGAGAACACCCCAUUCGCUGGCCGGAACGCCUCGGCCGCCCCUCCGCGCCUCGCCCCGCCGGUCGCCUCAUCUGGUUCCACGCCGUCUCCUUGGGUGAAGGAUUGGCCGCCAUUCCUGUGAUUAAGUGCUGUUUGGAGAGGAGGCCCGAUGUGACGGUGCUCAUGACCACGACCACGGUCUCGGCAUUUGAAGUGAUAAAGGAGAGACUUCCAAGUAAUGUCAUAUAUCAGUUUGCUCCUCUUGAUAUACCAUAUAGUAUGGAUGUUUUUCUUCAAUAUUGGAGGCCAAAUGCAGUUAUGCUGAUGGAAAGUGAAUUGUGGCCAAAUCUCAUCAUGGGCGCUGCAAGAAAUGGCGUGAGUAUUUAUUCUCGCGUGAAGAAUCGCAAUUAUAAAUUCGUCCUUGCUUGUCUCCAGAUUGCAUUGGCGUUGCUAAAUGGAAGAAUCUCCACAAAAUCAUUCCGAAAUUGGUCUAAUCCAGUAAUUUUACCAUUGAUCAAGUUGAUGCUUUCAAAGUUUUCAUUGAUUCUCCCAUUGAGCACAAUCCAAGGGAUUCAGUUUCAGCUAUUGCAAGCUCCACCAUAUGUCAUAAACUAUACUGGAGACCUCAAAUUUGCUAUAUCAGAUUAUGGAAAUUCUGUUGGAGUAAAGAAAAGCCUCGAAGAGAUCCAGGCACAGCUUUCCUGUAGGAAAGUAUGGAUGGCGUCUUCAAUUCAUAAGGGUGAAGAUGAAGUAUUUAUCAGAGCUCACAAGUUACUAAAACAAAAGCAUCCAGAUCUAGUAACUAUUAUCGUCCCCCGUAAGCCUCACCUUGGACAAGAUAUCACGUUGAGAUCACAGGAGGAAGGAAUUUCUGUGGCAUUGCGGUCUCGUGGUGAUAAUCUAACCAAUGAAACGGGUAUAUAUAUGGUUGACACAUUAGGUGAACUUAGAGACUUCUACAGCUUAACGCCAAUAGCAGUAGUAGGAGCUUCAUUCCUUCCUGGAUCAGCAGGUCACAAUAUAUCAGAAGCUGCUGGAGCUGGCUGUGCUGUUUUAACAGGCCAUCAUGUUGGCCACUUUUCGCACAUGGUAGCCGAAAUGCAACAUGUGAAUCCCCUUUCAGUUCUGCAGGUUUCACAUGAAAAGCUAGUAGAUGUUGUUAGUGAGCUCUUUGUCAAUGCCGAGAUUCUUGAAGCUCGCCGACUGGCUGCCAGACAAGCAUAUCUUACUCUAUCGCGUGGAAUUGUUGAAAAAUUAUGGGAUACGUUGCAUUUUCACAUUUUUAUGAAAUCUGUAAGCACCGAUGAUGCACAUGGUGAGAGAGGCUAAAAUUUAAAUGCAAAGGAGAACAAUCGCAAUGCUUCCGGUUUAUUGCUUUUGCAAGGUGAGAAAAUUUCCUAUUUUGUUGAAAGUUGUUUAUUUUUGCGUACCCUCCA